UUCUAACCAAUGAGCGCACUGUAAGCUCAAAGAAAGCGGAAGCACAUGCCCCCGGUGUUCAUCCCUGAUAUGUCGCCACAACAAAAGCAGACUUUCGUUUGUUUUUUUGUCGACUUUUAGCCGCAGAGAAGACAAGAUGGCGGCGAUAGUGUCUUCACCUGUGACCCACACGGAGCUGGAGGCUGACCGCUGUGGGAGCGAGGAGGAGAGCCGAGGGGCCGCCGAGGCUGAGGAGGUCGGCCAGCAGCAGGCCGCCGGGACUCACGGCCGCUUGUCCAAACUCCCGCUGGCCCGCAUCAAGGCGUUGAUGAAGUCCGACCCAGACGUGUCUCUCGCCAGCCAGGAGUCAGUCUUCAUCAUCGCUAAAGCUACGGAGUUGUUUGUGGAGAUGAUUGCCAAAGAUGCUUUGGUGUAUGCACAGCAAGGGAAGAGGAAAACGCUGCAAAGAAAAGACUUGGACAACGCAAUAGAGGCUGUGGACGAAUUUGCAUUUCUGGAAGAGCGUGCAUAUCACAACAUACAAGAUGCCGUCAUGGCGACACAACCUAUACAUGCUCCUCACUCCUGUUGCAUGCUGGGUACGUUAGAUUAAACCGAGCAUCGAGACAUGAAAACACCACAUCUUUUUAUUUUAUUUCACGGACUAUAAAGUGAAAACAUCCCUACAACUUUUUAAAAGUCACCAUCAGUUUGGAUAGUUUCAUUUGGUGCCUAAAAGCUGUGUACAUUGAAUGUAAAUACAGUGUUUGUGAAAUCUUGCUAUUCGUGAAAUAAAUGUACAUUUCAGAUCA